AUGUCAUUGAUAUUCAUGCAAUUGUUCUUUGCUUUUAGUCUUAUAUUCCUUGUUCAUGCCCAAGAUCAAACAGAUCAAACAGGCUUCAUCAGCAUUGAUUGUGGCAUAGCUGAAAAUGUUAGCUACACUGACGUGAAUUCAGGCAUCAAGUACAUUUCAGAUGCAAGGUUCAUAGACACUGGUGAAAGUAAGUUAGUUUGGCCCAAUCAAAGAAAUAACUAUUCACAGCCAUACUGGACUCUUAGGAGAUUCCCAGAAGGAAUCAGGAACUGCUACAAAAUAGAUGUCACAAGUGGAAUGAAGUAUUUGAUUCGAGCAAGUUUCUUUUAUGGAAAUUAUGAUGGUGAUAAUAAGCUACCAGAAUUCGAACUACAUAUUGGAGCUAACUUGUGGGAUACUGUGAGGUUUAAGGAUGCAUCAACUGACAAGAAGAAGGAGCUCAUACAUACCCCCUUGCGGAAGUACAUUCAUGUUUGUUUGGUGGACAUAGGCUCUGGGAUUCCUUUUAUAUCAGCUAUAGAGCUAAGGCCUUUACCUAACGAGACUUAUCAAACACAAAUGGGUUCCUUGGAACUUGUUUCACGAUAUGACACUGGUCAAAUGGAUACUCGUAGAGGAUACAGGUUUCCAUUUGAUACUUUUGAUCGUGUCUGGUCGCGUGCAUAUAAUGACGUUGAGGCACAAUUAAGUACACCAUUCCCCGUUAACUCUUCUUAUCACAAUAAAUACAAUCCACCGUCCGUUGUCAUGAGUACUGCCACCACGCCGAGAGAUGAAAAUGAUCCUUUGAAUAUUUCUUGGUUGCCUUCUAAUGAUAGCAAUGCAGAAUAUCAUAUAUACAUGCACUUUGCAGAAGUUCAAAAGCUUGAACCCAACCAGUCUAGACAGUUCAACAUCACUAGGAAUGGAGAGCACUUUUAUGGACCAGUUACUCCUCCUUACUUGUACACAACUACUAUUUCUAGCCCUAAAGCUUUUGGCGGACUACAAAACAAUUUUUCAAUCUUGAAGGCUGAGAGCUCUAGUCUUCCACCCAUACUCAAUGCUUUUGAGAUUUAUAAGGUGAAAGAAUUCCUAGAACGGGAUACAGACCAAGAAGAUGUUGUUGCAAUCACAAACAUCAAGGAAACUUAUAAAAUUAGAAAAAACUGGCAAGGAGAUCCAUGUUCCCCUCAAGCUUACUCAUGGGAAGGUCUAAACUGUAGCUAUCAUGCUUACGAGUCCCUAAGACGAAUUACAACCUUGAACUUGUCCUCGAAUGGAUUAACAGGGGAGAUCGCUCUCUCUAUAUCGAAUCUGGCAAAGAUACAAACUCUGGAUUUAUCAAACAACAACUUAACAGGAAGUAUUCCAGAGUUUUUGUCUCAAUUACCAGAUCUAAUUUUCAUAAACUUGGUGAAUAACAAGCUUACAGGCUCCGUUCCAGUAGGAUUAAUUGAGAAAAGGAACGAUGGAGAUGACACAGAUGUGAAAGCCACUGUUCAAUUGGGGUCAAUGGAAUCGACAAAACGAAAAUUUACCUACUCUGAGAUACUCAAGAUUACCAACAAUUUUGAAAGGAUUCUUGGAAAAGGUGGAUUCGGAACUGUUUAUCAUGGUGGCAUAGACAAGACUCAAGUGGCCAUCAAGAUGCUUUCGCCGUCAGCAGUUCAAGGGUUUCAACAAUUUCAUGCCGAGGUUGAUCUUCUUAUGAGGGUUCAUCACAAAAACUUGACAAGUCUAGCUGGAUACUGUAAUGAUAACUAGAGAACUAGAGUAGGCCUUGUCUACGACUACAUGUGCAAUGGAAACUUACAAGAACAUCUUUCAGAUAGCAGUUCAAAUAUCUUGACUUGGGAAGAUCGGUUACGAAUAGCAAUAGAUGCUGCACAAGGACUGGAAUAUUUGCACUAUGGUUGCAAGCCGCCCAUAAUCCACAGGGAUAUCAAGUCGACAAAUAUCUUGCUGAAUGAAUAUCUUCAAGCUAAACUAUCAGAUUUUGGCCUAUCCAAAAUUUUUCCAACUAAUGAUGGCAGUCAUGUAUCAACUCUUGUUGCUGGCACUCCAGGGUACCUUGAUCCCGAAUACUAUCUAUCAAGUAGGUUAAAUGAGAAAAGUGAUGUUUAUAGCUUCGGGAUUGUGCUGUUAGAGAUCAUCACAAGUCGACCUGUUUUAUCAAAACUACAAGAGAGAAUUCACCUUAGCCAAUGGGUUGGUUUCAUGCUCGAGAAAGGAGAUAUUUUCAGUAUUGUUGAUUCAAGGUUAAAGGACAAUUUCCAUCCUAACUCAGUCUGGAAAGCUGUAGAAAUAGCUAUGGCUUGUGUAUCUUCAAAUGCCAUCAAGAGGCCAAUGAUGAGUGAAGUGAUUGUGGAACUAAAGGAGUCUUUGGCAACAGAACUGGCUCGAACUAAGCAGAGCCAUGAAACUGAAUCAAGAGUUUCGAUGGAGAUCAUGGCUAACAAUUCUAUUGCUACGCUAACUCCCUCAGUUAGGUAG